CUCCCCUCCCUCUGCAAGUUUGAAGCCCACCAACCGAUCAGGGGUGCAACUUGCCAAUACUUUGACCUUUCCAGUAUAAUUUUUUUUUAGAAAAUCGAAUCAAGGAAACCUUCUCUAUACCGCAGAAUACGUUUUGGGCAUCAUGGCUGCAGAACUCACGUCAACCAAGCUCAAUGCGGAGAACCAGCUUCUCUUGGACCAACCGCUUCUUCGAUUACCCCAUGAGCUUGCACGACGAAAUUUCAAAUCGGUACAGCGGAUCGUGGAGCGCGAAAAGGAAUAUGUCGUUCCGGCACUGAAGGAGGCAGCCAAUGCUUCCAUGUCGGGCACUCAGACUCCAGAACAGACCCUUGCUGCCUUGGAUGCUAUGAUAUAUCGCAUGCAGACGCUGAAACGUAAAAUGGAAACCCUACAGGAAGAAGAGAAAAAGAUACACGGUCAGUCAAGAAGACGUAUACAGCAUCUGGAAGGUCUUCACCAGAUUCCUAACUUGGCGGAUGUCAAGUACGAUCAGUGGUCAAGGAUCAGACUGGAUAGGCUGGUGGUAGAUCAUAUGCUACGUUCUGGCUAUCCUGAGAGUGCGAAGCAGUUAGCCAAGGAGAAGGACAUUGAAGAUCUUGUAGACCUCAACGUCUUCGUGCAGUGCCAGCGAGUUGCGGAGAGUCUACGUCUGGGCGAAACAAAAGAUGCAUUGCAGUGGUGCGGUGAGAAUAAAGCGGCCCUGAAGAAAAGCCAGUAUAAUUUAGAGUUCGAAUUGCGGUUACAGCAAUACAUCGAAAUGAUUCGGACUGGAGAUAAGCGAAAUUUUGUUGACGCUAUGAUGCAUGCGAAGAGAUAUCUCACCCCAUAUAUUGAAACCCAAUCGACAGAAAUCCACCGAGCUGCAGGUCUGCUCGCGUUUCCCCCGGAUACGAAAGCUGAUCCCUACAGGUCAAUGUAUUCCCCAGAUCGAUGGACUUACCUUUCCAAUCUCUUUAUCCGCACUCAUCAUGAACUUCUGUCCCUGCCGUCGCGCCCAUUGUUGCACAUUGCUUUAUCUGCUGGGCUAUCAGCCCUCAAGACGCCAUCAUGUCAUUCGGAAUUCACUUCUUCUAGCUCAAAUUCUUUGUCUACCACCACGUCCGUCUGCCCUAUAUGCUCCACAGAGUUAAAUGAGCUGGCACGGAAUAUGCCAUAUGCACACCACACAAAGAGCUAUGUUGAGAGUGACCCUAUAGUUUUGCCAAAUGGCAGAGUAUACGGCCAACAGCGACUAUUGGAGAUGAGCAAGAAAGUCGGAGGUAUUGAACCAGGCACGGUCAAAGAUCCUACAACAGGCGAAGUUUUCGAUGAAGUUGAUAUGAAGAAGGUUUACAUCAUGUAAAUCAUGGAUCAUACGGGUCAAAUGUCCUGAAGACGGUGUAAUGCUGGGCUCAUUGUUCACUGGUUUAAUCACUAUCUUCACUAUCGGAUUCAUUUCUUGGUCUCUUUUUGGCACUGACACCUGUCUUCGAAUUCCGAUUAUUCCUUGUGACACCAUGCCCGUCGUCCUGCUUCACCUCGAAGACGUACAUUCUUGCUUCUCUGUCCUCUCCUCGCCAGCCGCCUCUCCCACCGUGUUUGCCUUCAACUUCGCCUAGAGUCCGCGCAUGCGAGUAUUUCUGGUAAGAGGCCCACGGGAACUUGAAGCUAGUGACAACACGUAAACCUGCAUGCCGGGCGAGGUCUCUAAUGUUCCACAGUGUAUAAGGCUCACCCUCGAACAUAGUCACUAGGAUUUGCCCCGGCUCGGUUCUGAUUUUGCUCUUCAUUUGCUCCGUGACAUUCUCAGCUGCACUUCCCUCGCUAUCCUCGU